UAUCCACUUUUAGAAGAAAUAUUAAAUUGGUAUGAUAUAUUGGAUCAAUCUGUGGAUAAAAAUAUAGAUAUUUUAAAUUUAUGUGAUGAAACUACGAAAUUUAUAAAUGAUGUAGAAAUAAUUGUGUGUAAGAAAAUUUUAAGAAAACUUUUUUUAUGUAAUGAUCCCAAUAAUAAUGAUUCUAUAAAAUGCUGCAAUGAUUUACAUUUCUGGUUUUAUUUUAAAAAUAAAAAAUAUAGCCUUUCCAAUGGUAUUAUCAAGAAAAUUUUUGAAUUACCUAAUAAGAGUGUAAAUAAUCAGCUUAAAAAGGAAUAUUGUUCUCCUGAUAUGCCAUUAUUUGUUAACUUCCAUAAACCUGAGGAGUUAAUAAAAUUGAUUAUAUUUAAUGAAAAUAAAGAUAAAUUUCUAAAUUUAUUAAAUAAUAUGGAUUAUUCGAAAAAAUGCUCUUUCAAAAGGUAUUUUUAUGAUUGCGUUAAUACAUACCAUGAUUUGAAUGAACAAUACUGUUCUAAAGAAAAAAGAGACCUUGACAGUAACAAAGGCACAUGCGAAAUUUUAGAUAGUUUUAUUGAUUUAUACAAUCCCUUUUUUCAAGUUGCUAAAAGCGGAGGCUAUGUAUUACCAAAUUUAUCUUCUUCUAAAUCAAAUGAUGCUUUCUCAUGUACACCAGUAGAAACUAAACUAGAAUCAUUUUCUACAGCUUUUAAUAAUUCAGAUAAGCUUACAACACAUAGUAUUCCUACGGCAAUUGGUACAAUGGCUGGAAUACCUCCCUUUUUAUGGUUAAUUUAUAGACGUUAUCAUAUAAUAUGUACUUAA